AUGCCAGCCCAGGACGAUGCUCGUGAUUGCGGUGCGUGUGACGAACCGAAUUCUGCCGACGUUGGCAUGGUGGCUUGCGAUGGGUGCAGUGUAUGGUAUCACUACACUUGUGCCAAGGUGUCACCGGGAGUUCAACAGCGUUCGUGGAGAUGCAGUAAGUGCCUUCUCGAACUGCCUCCGGAAGCCACCGGAGCUAAGAAGAAAGUUGGUAAGAAACAGGCAGCGAACUUGACUGUCCUCGGUGUUACAUCGAGUGAGAUGGCGAAGUCAAGCAACGCUAAUCAAAAGAAGACUUCGGAGAAAUCGAAGAACUCCGAGAAAUCGAAGACCUUGGUCGUUCCUGAUCUCGCGGCGAGUGGUAUCGCAACUCCGAAAAAGCAUCCAGGGGUUCCUGCUUUGGACAUAUCGAGCCACGGGGAGAUGAGAUCUUCCAAAUCCAGCACUUCUACCGCCAGGGCUCGAGCGCAAUUAGCAUUGCAGCGAUUGGAAGACGAGCGAUUGCUGGAGGAGCAGAAGUUGAGGGAAGAGCGAGCACGAUUAGAGGAAGAACGGAUCCGCCUGGAGAAGGAGAGGCAGCUGAAGGAACAGGAGCACGCCAUUAAGGCCAAGGAGCUCGCGAUGCAGGAGAAGUACCUGCGCGACAAAUUCGAGCUGGAGGAACAGAUUGCUGAUGACGAGAGCAGCAAAUCAAGCGUCUUCAGUCGCAAGGAUAGGACCAAGGCUUGGUUGAAAAGCCAGCACGGCAUGAGUCACCGGGAUGACAAAAGCGCGACACAGUUCUCGGAGUGGCCUAAUGCAGCGAACGAUUUGGCGGAACCGGAUCGUUUCCGGCCGCUAGCAAAUGUGACAGCCGAUCGACAGCAGUUAGAGACACGAUUCAUCCCAGAAGCGAUUCCGGAUCAUCAGAUCCGUGCCAACAGUGCGCAGGUCAGGAAUGUCCCUUCGGAACCCGUCGGAAACCACUUCAGAGGUGCGGCUAGAUCGAAUGCCAGCCUGGCGCCGUCUUUGCGAGGGAUUGAGCGCGCGGCGAUAGAAUUGAACCCAGGUUCCCACGGGGCGGGGCCGAACAGUGACCAAGUGGCGGCGAGACAAAUCUGGCCGAAGAAGCUACCUACCUUUUCGGGUGACCCGGAAGAGUGGCCUAUAUUUGUCCACAGCUUCGAGACAGCCAACAUUGCGUGCGGUUUCACGGACGUGGAAAAUAUAAUUCGCUUGCGAGAGUGCUUGCGCGGGCCAGCGCGAGAUGCCGUCGUUACGAAACUGAUGUUUCCCCAAAGCGUUAACGCGAUUAUGGAAACGCUGCGACGGUUAUACGGGAGACCAGAGUUGCUGGUGAAGAAUCUGCUGAGCAAGGUGCGUCGGGCAGAGGCACCGAAACCGGAACGAUUAGAAUCGCUGAUCAACUUCGGUCUUACGGUGCAGCAACUAUGCGAUCACCUGGAGGCCGCGAAUCUUAGCGGUCAUCUAUCCAACCCUACGCUGCUCGGUGAGUUAGUGGAGAAGCUGCCAGCGUCGAACAAGCUCGAGUGGGCACGAUUCAAGCGAGGAUAUGCUGAACCGACGCUUAAACACUUCGGAGUGUUCAUGGAAGAGCUAGUGUACGACGCCAGUGAAGUGACGUCCCCGAUCCAACAGAAAACAACGGUUGCGAGGGCCGAAAGGGACAAGCCGAAAGAGAGGGGACAUGUGUACGCCCACGAAGAGGUAGCCGAGGUGCAGAGACGCGAUGAGGAGAAGCUGCCAGCGUCGAACAAGCUCGAGUGGGCACGAUUCAAGCGAGGAUAUGCUGAACCGACGCUUAAACACUUCGGAGUGUUCAUGGAAGAGCUAGUGUACGACGCCAGUGAAGUGACGUCCCCGAUCCAACAGAAAACAACGGUUGCGAGGGCCGAAAGGGACAAGCCGAAAGAGAGGGGACAUGUGUACGCCCACGAAGAGGUAGCCGAGGUGCAGAGACGCGAUGAGGAAAGGCAACCCUGUCCAAUAUGCGGUAAAACGGACCAUCGUGUGCGGAACUGCGAACGGUUUCAGCAGCUGGGAUUGGAAGCUCGCCUGAAAGCCGUCCAUCAUUGGAAGUUGUGCGAGGUUUGCCUGUUUGACCACGGCCAAUGGAGAUGUCGAUCUAGAAUCCGAUGCAACGUCGGGAACUGCCGAGACCGUCACCACCCACUCCUGCAUCGUACUGAGCGCGGUUCGAUACAGCGACAACUUCGAGCGUCGGAAUGCAACGCUCAUGAGCGGUCGCAAAGAUCCGUCCUGUUCAGGAUCGUACCGGUUAUAUUGUUUAACGGAAACCGCAGAUGUGAAACUUUCGCCUUUUUGGACGAAGGGUCUUCCUUGACGCUCAUCGAAGCAAGUUUAGCACGGCAGCUUGGAGCAGUUGGUGUCCCAGAACCGCUAGAGCUGAGAUGGACGUCGAGCGUGAAGAGGAAUGAAGAGAGUUCGAAGCGCGUGGACUUCGAAAUUUCCGGAAAAGGACUGCCCCGUCGUUACGUGCUGAAGAACGCGCAUACCGUUGAAGAGUUGAAUCUUCCGAAUCAGAGUUUGGCCUUCAACGAACUAUCCGAUCGAUUUCCACACCUCCGAAACCUCCCUAUUUCAGCAUACUCCGAGGCCGUACCUAGAAUUCUCCUAGGUUUGGAAAACUUGAGCCUCUUCGCGCCCUUGGAUAGUUGCGUCGGCCGACCAGGCGAACCGAUCGCGGUAAAAUCGCUACUGGGAUGGUCCAUCUAUGGCCCAGAUGGGAGCGCCCUAUCGAAAACCGGAUUCGUAAACCUUCACGAGUGCAACUGUGAUGCUGAUAGAGAAUUGAAUGACCUAGUUCGACAGCAGUUCAUUCUGGAGGACGCGCUGAUUGAGUCGACGCCUCCGCUUGAGUCCACUGAGGAGAAACGCGCCCGCGAAAUUUUGGAAAAUACCACAAAAUUCGUGGAUGGGAAAUACGAAACCGCUCUUCUUUGGAAAGCCGACGAAAUUGACCUACCUGAUAGCCUACCCAUGGCAAUGAAACGUUUGCGGAGCUUCGAGGCCCAACUGGCGAAGGACCCGAAUCUUCGCGAAGGCGUGAAUCAGCAGAUAGUCGACUACGUGCAGAAAGGCUACGUGCAUAAGGCUACAGAGAAGGAGCUGGUAGAGAUCAGCAGAAGGCAAGUCUGGUAUCUACCGCUUGGCCUGGUUACGCACCCGAAAAAGCAAAAGAGAAGACUCGUGUGGGAUGGAAAGGCGCAAGUUGAUGGGGUUUCCCUCAACUCCCUACUGUUAAAAGGUCCCGACCUGCUAGUGUCGCUGGCUUCAAUGAUCUGUAAAUUUCGCGAGAAGCGUGUUGCAUUUGGAGGUGAUAUCCGCGAAAUGUUUCUGCAGCUUCGUAUGCGGACAGCGGACAAAUAUUUCCAGUGUUUCCUGUUUCGCUCUGACUCGCGACACCCUGCAGAAGUCUACAUCGCAGACGUAGCGAUGUUUGGCGCCACUUGCUCGCCAUGCGUCGCGCAGCACGUCCUACGAGUCAACGCCGACAAGUGGGCGGACGAGUUCCCUUUGGCUGCGGCGGCAAUCAAGGACAAAACAUACAUGGAUGACUACUACGACAGCGCUAACACCCCCGAAGAAGCGGCAGAGCUGGCUGUUCAAGUUAGGACCAUCCACGCCCGUGGCGGGUUUGAAAUGAGGAACUGGGUGAGCAAUAGUGAAGAAGUGUUGGAGAAGCUCGGAGAACCCGGUGCUACGAGUCCACGUCUCCUACAGUCGACGUCCGAGGCAAAAUGGGAACGAGUUCUCGGAAUGCUGUGGCACCCAGAAUCGGACGCACUAACGUUUUCAACCGAGCUUGGCGAACAACUUCUUCAGUACGUGUCCGGAGGAAAGCGGCCGACAAAGCGAAUCGCUCUGAGGAUCAUAAUGAGUCUGUUUGAUCCUCUUGGUCUCCUGGCACCGUACCUCAUACAUGGACGCAUCCUCAUUCAGGAUCUAUGGAGAAGUGGGGUGCAGUGGGACGAAGAGAUGAGAGAUGAAGAGUUCGAGAAGUGGACACACUGGGUGGAGUUGCUGCCUGGCAUAAGCGAGCUCAGUAUUCCACGUUGCUAUUUUGGGGAAGCGGAUCCUCUGUGCCAUAGAACGUUGCAGUGCCACGUGUUCACCGAUGCCAGUGAGGCUGGAUAUGGCUGCGCGGUAUACUUCCGGAUUAAGGACGACCUUGAACGUGUGCAGUGUUCGCUGGUCAUGACGAAAAGUAAAGUCGCUCCCCUGAAACAUCUCUCUAUUCCGCGGUUGGAGUUGGAAGCGGCCCUACUAGGGGCAAGAAUGUUGACCACUGUUUUGAAGAACCACACCCUUCAACCUCGGGAGGUGUACCUCUGGACAGAUUCUUCCACGGUUCUCGCGUGGAUUCGCUCCGACCACAGGCGCUACAAACAAUUCGUCGCCCAUCGUAUCGGAGAAAUUCUGUCUCUGACCCAAGCUGAAUGCUGGCGGUGGGUCCCAUCUAAACACAACGUUGCCGACUGUUUGACGAAGUGGGUACGCGACUCGGAGCCUGAUUCAAAUGGAAGGUGGUUCCAGGGUCCAUCGUAUCUGUAUCUCGCCGAAAACAUGUGA